CACUGGAUUCGGCGAUGGACCGCGGCGGGUGUCGGAUGAACGGCGGCGGCGGCGGCGGAGGAGAUCUGAUCACGCUCGAGGAUCUGGAGUCUGUGUCGGAGGAGCAGCUGUCAGACAGCCCCGAGGAGGAGCAGGAGGAGGAGGAGGAGGACGAGGAGCAGCAGGGCAGGCUCCUGCAGUACUGGAGGGAUGUGGCCCGCGGACACCAGGUGGAGGUUCCGACAGACAUGGCCGAACCCAUCCAUCAGAUCACCACCAAUAACGACGGAGCACACACACGGGAGCAGGUGCCCUUCACGCUCAUCACACGCAAGGACAAGUGUGGGGAGGUGGUGUUUGAGAAGCGUCACUAUGAGAAAGCGCACUGGGCCUGUAUCACGGUUCACGAGGACACGUAUGAACAGAGCAUCUGCUACGGCUUCAUGAAGAUCAUGAGAUACAUCUGCCAGCAGAACUCAGCAGAAGGUCUGAGCGCGGGUUGGUGUGUUUCCGCAGGCAGUUAUCUGGGCAUGACGAUACCGAUCGUGACGGUGGUGCGCACCGAUGAGAUGCACACGAGUCUGUCUCGGGCCGUGACCGUCGCCUAUUACCUGCCCAGCAUGCACCAGAGCGACCGGCCCCGGCCGUACGACCCCGAGAUCCUCAUCGAGCAGUGGCCCGCCGCCGUCGUCUACACCCGGGCGUUCACGGGGGCCACUAACGAGCUGACCAUCAUCCACCAGAUCAACCGUCUGGCCGAGGCUCUGGACCACCCGGCCGUCUGCGUCAGCGACUCCUUCAUCGUGGCCGGAUACACUAACCCCGCGGCGGCCCACCGGCAGAACGAGAUCUGGUUCCUGGAGCGGCCCUGAGCCGCCCCUACCCAGAAUCCUCUGCGCCUCUCAGAGACCAGAGCGCAGGGCGUCACACUGUUUAUAAUCUACACAAACUGGACGUCAGUCAGUCGCUCUGUGAAACUCUGUUGCUGUAAGACAAUCAUCCCGUCUUCUGUCCGUCUUCUCUCGCUCUCGUAGGGAUCAAGUCCAUAUAUAAUAGAUGCACACGUACCUAUUAUAUUGUCAUAGUGCUAUUUUUUUAAACUUCUCUGUUACGAGCACAGAUGUCAAAUAAACACAAUGAAAGAGUUUUUGAAUGAAGUCCUCAGUAUAAACACCACACACACAGUGAAUGCUUCUGUUCUGAUCUGAAUAAACUAUUGUUGAAUCACA